CUUACAUCAUUCGCUUAGAUAUUGUUAAAAUGACGGUAUUAUCUAGUCUAUUUCUGCUAAUGUGUAUUAUUGCUGCGGAGAGUAAAAUAUUUCAAAAUCCGCAAGAACCUCCCCCAAAAGAUGUUUCCAUCGAUAGAGAUAUUUUUCCCGUGUGGGCUAACAUAACCCAAAGGGUUGAUCAUUUUAAUCCUGUGGAUAAAAGAACGCGGACAAUGGGUCAAAUAUUUCGAAGACGACAUGGACCUCCCCCAACAGAUGUUCCCAUCGGUAGAGCUAGUUCACCCGUGUGGGCUAAUAUAACUCAAAUGGUUGAUCAUUUCAAUCAUGCGGAUAAAAGAACAUGGUCAAUGAGAUAUAUACACAACGACGAAUGCUUUAAGAGAGGUGGUCCAAUGGUCAUAACUCUUGGAGGCGAAUGGACCAUAUCAACCGCAGAUCUAAUGACCGGAGCCGUAUACGACAUAGCAUGUGAAAAUGGAGGAUAUAUGUUUGAUACUGAACACAGAUAUUAUGGAGAAAGUCAACCAAUGAGUGAUUGGACUUCUGAAAAUUUAAAAUAUCUUUCGGCCGAUCAAGCUCUAGCUGACCUUGCCUACUUUAUUAAAUACCAAAAGAAAAACAAUAAAGACUUACAAAACAGUUCAGUUAUAGUAAUGGGAGCUUCUUAUUCUGCAACUCUUGCCACGUGGGCUCGCAUCAAGUAUCCUCAUUUGGUUGACAUUGCUUAUGCCUCCAGUGGACCACUCAAUUCAAAAGUGGAUUUAUAUGAAUACUACGAAGUGGUCGGCGACAGUCUGGCUCUCGCUUCAUCCUCGUGUGUUGAGGUGAUUAGAUCGGCAAUUUCCGAAAUUGAAACUUUGCUUGAAACCGAAGAAGGUAUUGCCAAUGCGUCAACAUUAUUCAAAACUUGCCAACCAAUAAACGUUACGGAGCCCUCCCGCUCUUUCUUCUUCAACACAGUGGCAGAUACUUUUGCAGGAUUAGUACAAUAUGCAUAUCCGGGUGACAUCGAAAGAGGUUGUUUCCUAGUCGAAAAUACGACAGGUUCUAAUGUAGAAAAAGUGGCUUCGUAUAUCAGAACACAGUAUAGCGGUGACUCCUGCAUGCUAUCAUAUAGUAGUUUCUUAGAUCUAUACACACCUACUAAUAUCACUUCAGAAAUGACUCGCCAGUGGCUCUAUCAAAUUUGUACAGAAUUUGGUUGGUUUCAAACAUCGACAUCCAAUAAACAACCUUUUGGUAACACGUUUCCUUUGGACUUCUAUAUUCAACUUUGUAAAGACUUAUUCGGAGUGGAGUAA